UCCAGAGCCAUACUGUUCUAUUGCUUAUUUUGCUUUUUGAACUUGAAUACUGCAGGAGAGGAAUUUUGGCUGUUCAGAAAGCAAGCAACCAUAUAAGAGAUCAUUAUGAUAACUGUUUAGUCCCUCUUUGGGAUAAACAAGGAGGAAAGAAGACUCUCCAUUUUAUUAAGAAGAAAAAACUUUGCUUUGACACGAAGUCUCCUACUGCUCCUACCACAAGAUCCCACCCUCUUGGCAACUGUCCCUUAACAACAACUGACACUGACUGUCUUCAAGAGGGGAGUGAACUGAUUAGCUACAGGAAGAAAUGUGAAGUUCACCAGCAGCUGAAAGGGAGAAGAGGAGACAGAAGGCAACUGUAUCACAGACGCGAAUGCAUCACUUCAUGUACUGAAAGGCAGAAGAAAUCUUAGCAUUUUUUUAAAAGUAUGUUAAUUUUUAUAAAAGCAAGGAUUUUGGAUUGAGGCUUUUGUCCUAGUGUCAUUGUUUUAUUGUUAUUUAUAUUAUUGGUUUCAGCCCUUUUGCUCUCCCAUUUCCCUCUUGGAAAUCUGCACAAGAGGGAGGCAGAGGUCAGGGAGAUGCAUUGACCAGUUUCUAUGGGUAGAUGUCAUAGCAGAGCUCUCAAGUCAACCUUCUGGACUUGAAGUUACAAAGCAACAAUUCUGCAAGGAGGAGGCUGACAGCUCUCUUUUGGAGUGAACUAAGAUGAGUGGGUAGAUCUCCUGCACAAGAGACCCCAAUCAAGCAUCCUUUCUCUGAGUCCAGAAGACAAAGGGGCAGAGUGCUGAUUCCUGAAGAACAAACUUUUGGCCAUGUGGGUCUUCUGAUUCAGCAUAGGACAGCUACUGAGGCAUAUUUCCCCUUCCCUCCCGGGAGCCUGGGGUGGGUGGACUGGGGUAAAGAAGUGAGUGAUUUAGACAAGAAGCAUCUGGCUGUGGCUGCGGCUGCAGCAGCUGCAGCUGCUAAUUCAAUCCUCUGAACCAAGGCUGCUGGUUGCACCUGAAUCAAAGAUUUCCCUUCUCAAGGAAGGAAAAGAUCUGAGCAAUGAUGAAGACUAUGUCCAGUGGGAACUGCACCUUGAAUGUGCCAGCCAAGAAUUCCUACCGGAUGGUUGUAUUGGGAGCCUCCAGAGUGGGCAAGAGUUCCAUUGUCUCUCGGUUUCUCAAUGGCCGCUUUGAUGACCAGUACACACCCACCAUUGAGGAUUUCCACCGCAAAGUUUACAACAUUCGAGGCGACAUGUAUCAGCUGGACAUCUUGGAUACAUCUGGGAAUCAUCCAUUCCCUGCCAUGAGGAGGCUCUCCAUUCUCACAGGAGAUGUUUUCAUUCUUGUAUUCAGUUUGGACAACAGAGAAUCCUUUGAUGAGGUCAAGAGGCUCCAGAAUCAGAUCCUUGAAGUCAAAUCUUGUCUGAAGAACAAAACCAAGGAAACGGGGGAUCUGCCUAUGGUGAUCUGUGGUAACAAGAAUGAUCAUGGUGAACUCUAUCGCCAAGUGAGUUCUGAUGAAGCUGAGAAGCUUGUCUCCAGUGAUGAGAACUGUGCAUACUUUGAAGUCUCAGCCAAGAAAAACACCAAUGUGAACGAGAUGUUCUAUGUUCUUUUCAGCAUGGCCAAACUACCCCAUGAAAUGAGUCCUGCUCUUCAUAGGAAGAUCUCUGUGCAGUAUGGUGAUGCUUUCCACCAAAAGUCCUUCAGGAUGCAUAGGGUCAAAGAGACAGAUGCCUUUGGCAUGAUUUCCCCCUUUGCUCGUCGACCCAGUGUCAACAGUGAUCUGAAAUACAUAAAAUCCAAAGUCCUCAGAGAAGGACAAGCAAGGGAGAGAGAGAAAUGCACAAUCCAGUAAAAGAAGCUCCAUUGAGAAGGGGAGUCCACAGUAUAUGUGCAGUGCCUUAAAGAAAGUGGCUGAAGAGAGACAGUCUGAAAAUAUUUACUGAAUCAUGGGUGACAACAGUGGUCAUGAAAAUACUUUGGCUAGAGCAUUGUACCAUUUCUGUAAAGAUAUAAAUAAAUUAAAACACAGCAUUGUAAAUACUUGAAGCUGCUAUGGUAUAUACUGUAACUGCCAUACACAGCCCUUAUUAUUUGGUCUUUUGGUUUUUGUAUUUUUUUAACAAAAAAAAAAAACACCCCCUCUUAAUUUUCUCUUUUUGUUUUCCUUUGUUUCAAGAAGCUUUAAGUUAUAAAGAAAUUUGAACUUCAAUUUUUUAUAAAAACAGUUAAAAGACGGGCCUGAUUUGUACAGGUUUCUUGAGUAGCCAUCAUGCAGGAGACAAUCUGAUAACAAGAUGAAAACUGGGUGUUGUAUUCCUCCAAUUCCUCAUCCAAAGAAGAUUCAAACAUUCUGAGGAAAAUAUACUUCUUUGUGCCAAUGAUAAUUCUUCAUCGUGUCGCUACAAAUACUACAUUUCAUAAUUUUUCCCUGGUUUUUUUGCAAAUGACAAAGUGUUUGUUUUAAUUAAAUUAAUGUGUGAAUUAGUUGGCAAGUAUGAUCUAGAAAUACCAGCUGAUUUUCAGUUAUAUAAUAUGUAAAUAAUUGAAAUAUAUGUACUGUAAGAACAGCACACCUGUUUCAUGUGAUUUUCUGUUCCUAAAAAACAUCAUAUCCAUAUACUUGGAAACUUUUAUUGUACAUCCAUCCAAUGAUUCUGCUUUCUACCAUUCUGGUAAUAAUGACAUUGGAUGUGCAAUGCCAGGUGUUUUACUCUAUCCUCAAACUUUCUCACAUUAAAGUUGUAAACCUGUGGAGAUUAAUCUGAGAGUAAACCCAAUUGAAUUUAGUAGAACUUUAUAUAAACACACACGAGAUUGUGGUAUAAGGCUCUAGGCCAAUGUAGACUGAAAAUAGGACUAAACACUUAAGCAUUCAUCGCUGAACAAAGCUUGCACUUAAGGCUGAGCAAGUAGUUCUUAAACAAUGAUGUUUAUUUUUCAUUAAAAAUAUCUGACCAGCAGCUACAUUUUUCCCAUGUUCAAAUGGUUGAGAAGUUUCUGGUUUGUGGUGUAGCUAUUUAUUUGCAAAAAGAAGGUUCAGUUUAAAUUUAACAUGACUGUCUUCCAAGCCAUGUCCAUUGUCCAUGUACCGCAAUACUGAAUGCCCCAUAAUACAGAGUGAGUAAGAGCUCAUAUACUUUUAUAAUAAAAACAUAGCUUUUCUUUCCUCAACCUGCUGCCUUUUAGAUCAAUUGGGUCUAUCAGGAAUUCUUUGGCCUUUGCUUGGAAUUAGUCCAAAAUAUCUGGAGGGAACCAAGUUGAAGACAUCUGAUGUAUCUAUUUCCAUUUUUUUAAAAAAAAAACAAAACCUUAAUAUUGGUGGAUUUCUUCCAGACAAUCUGUUUACCAGAAUGUUUGUGGAGAAAAAGAGCACUGUCAGAAUUAGCUUGGAUUAUUACUAAAAGCCUACUUGAUUAUUUUAUCUGACUCUUGAAUAAGUCUUAGUAUCUAUAGUACCCAUGUGAAUAAGAAUUAGAGUUUGUUCUGAGCCAGCUGCCUAAAUGUCUUUCCUUCUUUCUUAGUGUUCUUUUUUUCUUGCUCUUUUUUCAGCUAUGAUAAUUCUCUGUUCAUAAUGGUCAUAUAUCAGAACAGAACUGAAUUUUGCAUACCUCAGAAUUAUUAAGAAGGUUUGAACCCAUUUGUCUUGAAUAGGGAGAUAUUGUAGGGGAUAAUGGGGACACAAUUGUGCUAACCCAGGUCCCUCCUGCCCCCAUCAGUCUCAAUGACGUCCUUCCUUCCUUCCUCCCUCCCUCCCUCCCUCCCUCCCUCCCUCCCUCCCUUCCUUCCUUCCUUCCUUCCUUCCUUCCUUCCUUCCUUCCUUCCUUCCCUUUGACUAAUAGAAGUUUUUUUAUAAAAUUACCUCAGACAUGAAUGUGUACUGUAAUGUAUGUGGUUGUGUAUGCACAUACGUGCCUAGCAGGGAGAAGAGACACUUCAGUCUCCGUAAUGUUAACCACCUGUCCACAAUGUAGAUUUCUAAAAUGCUCUACCAGCCCUUGAAUAUAUCACACCUCUUUGUAAUAUUAUACCUCAUACACUGUAUAUAUGUGAAUAGUACUGUGUGCUUUAAUUGGCAACGCAAGCUUUACUGGCAUAAAGAAAAGUUCACUCUGACAUCUAAUAAGUAAGGUGAGUAUAUGUAGAAGUUCUUGUGGGACAAAAUGGUCUCCUAUCUAUUUCUACAAGAUUACAUACUUCCUUGUUUGUUAUAUAAAAUUCAAUAUUGCUAAUUUCCUAGUGCCAUUUCAGCCAUUAAUGACAUUUUGAAAAGAUUCUGCAUUUGUAUAGAUGUUUUUCUCUCUUUCAAUAAAUGUGAUCUAUUUA